UCUCAAUCAAUUUUAAAUAUAAUGAAAGAUAUUUAACACUGUAAUUUCAUCUGGAUUGGGAACGAGUGAUUUCAUUCCACUGAAGAUAUUUCAGUACAUUGAAAUCCACUGCCAUAUCUGAUCUCUCCCUAAAAACCCUAAUUUUCAAUUUCAGUAGAAUCUUGGGUUGGAUGGAGGAGGCACCUACCAUCAAAUGCAGGAAAUUAACUAGGCACUCGAAGAAUUUUUGCGGUCCUCAUAUCAAUAAUCUUGACGAUGGCUGUCUAAUGCUCAUUUUCAGCUUCCUCUCCCCAAUCCCAGAUCGGUAUAACUCUGCCCUCGUUUGCCGCAGAUGGAAGUUCCUAGCUUGUCACCCUCGUCUUUGGUUGCGAGUAGAUAGGUCGGUCAAAGAUCUAUCUUUACCUGGAGUUUACCCAAGCAUUGAGAUAGCUGUCUCUGCAGCAAGGCCUGGGGACACUAUACUGAUUGCAGCUGGGGGCAUUCACCGCACUUCUGAUAUUCAAAUUAAAAAGCCUCUGUGCCUGAUUGGUUCAGGUGACCUCCCUGAUGAUACCACACUAAUCUGCUCUCGUGGCUCUGAGAGUGCACUGGAGUUUUUGUCGACAUGCAAAUUGGCUAAUUUAACCGUGAGGGCAGAGCUCGGCUGCUGCCUGCUUCAUAGGAGUGGGAGGCUCACAAUCGAUGGCUGUAUACUUCAGUGUGAGUCGAACCCUCUGGACCAUCUCUCUCAUGCCAUUGUGACCACAGCAACUUCGCCUGAUGGGAUUUCGCCUAGGCUAAAGAAUACUGCUGAUUGUGUUACUGUAAUGCGGACGAGGAUUGAAGGUGGGGCCAAGGCUGUGUUGACUAGUGGGACCCUCUCACUUCAGCAUGUUAGGGUGAUAUACACUCGUACUUCUCUGUUUUUCUGGUUCAAUGUGGAGCAUAGAUGAAAUGUCGCGUGAACCUUUUUUCCUUUUUUCUCAAGUUUUUAUGUUACUAUUGUUCUCUCACGACUUUAUAUUUUAUGCUUAGCAUUGUGUCGUCUCGUUUGUAACUUUCCGUACUCAAGUGUGGCUGACAUUGUUGUAUAGUAAGUAAUAUUUAAUAAAUUCCCCGUGUUGGUUAGCAGAACUUGUUAAUGAAUGUGAUUGCGUUGCCUUGUCUCUGUUCAUUUGUCAGUUCACAGUUAUGUUGACAGUGACUUGAAUAUCGUCUUCAUUCCAUACUUUUGGC